AUGGCGACUCUGCACUCAAAUGGGGGCUUUGGCUCUGGCAGUGCAAACGGAGCACCACACGGCCAAGCCAACUCCAGCUUCAACUCCAGCGCAAACGGCGACAUAGUCCCAAGGAUCCUAUCCGCUCUCGACGUAGUCUACAAUCCACGGUCAGCAAACCAAACACGCAUCGAAGCCCAGUCCUUCCUCGAACAAGUCAAGUCCCUCAAGGAGGGCCCAUCGCACGGCUUUACCCUCGCUUCGGACAAGUCGCAGUCGCCCAUCGUCCGAUACUACGGCCUGUCACUCCUCGAGCACUCGAUUAUACACAACUGGGCCGAGUAUGACGACCAGGAGGCUGCCUGCUUGAGAGGAUGGGUCCUGGAGCUUGCCCAGCAGGCGUCGAGAGAGGACCCGCAGUACAUCAGGAACAAGAUCGCACAGCUCUGGGUUGAAGUCGCCAAGAGAUGCUGGGGCGCCGAAUGGAUGGACAUGGACCAGAUGCUCGUCCAGCUUUGGCAGCUGCCUGGGUUUGGGGCCCACAAGGAGUUUGUCUUGUCCGUGCUCGGGUCGCUGUCCGAGGAAAUCAUCGGUGGGGAUGACCCCAUUGUCGCAAUGCGCGAGAACGUUCUGGACAAGGCCGUUGUUGAUAUAUUCAUGCCUGCGUCCGUCCUGACCGAGGACUUCCCUAACCGUGAGGCCGGCGCGCCCGUUCGUUUUGGCUCUGAAGGCUGGCUUCAGCGCGCCGUCAGCCUACUUGGUGAGGCUCUCGCCUCUGACAUCCAGGGCAACGAGGAUGUGCGAUCAACCGCUGUCAAGGCCCUCGUUUUGCUCACUGUCAUUCUACCGUGGGCCUUCCCGAAAUCCGUCAUUGUCGCAAACACCGUCCACUACCUCUAUGAAGGCCUUGUCGCGCCUCACCUGGCUGUCCAAAAGGCGUCACUCGAAGCUCUCCAUGCCCUUUACUCUCGGAGCAACUUUGGCGACGAGCAGUUCUCUGCCCUCGUCUUGCCCAUGUAUGACAAGCCGUGUGUCGAACGCUUUUCCCAACUGUUUGCCUGGUCCACAGUUGACGCCGAGGACAUCGAUGACGACAAGUAUUUGUUCGCCAAGAAGUUUUCAGAAAUGGUCUCACAUCUAGGCAACUACCUGGAUCGGAAGUUUAGCUUGAUUCCUCCAAAUGCCGACAUCCAACCCUUCCUGGAGUUCCUCCUCCAAGUCGUUCAGAGUCAAAGUCUGGUCGUUUCAAUCCCAGUUCUUGUCACCUGGACCAGGCUGCUCAGUCAUAGGGCGCUGGGUCCGUCCAUAGUGAAGACGCAUCUUGUCGGACCCCUGCUAGAGCUGUGCAGCUCCAGGUUGGUCCGAUAUGAGAGCCUGCCGGAGGACACACCAGAUCCUACGCUGAUUCUCCUGAUGGAAGACACCGACACGAUCCCGGAACGCCAUGCUUUCCUGGGGAACUACAGACGUUAUAGCUCCCAGGUGAUCGAGAGCAUUGUGGAGCUGACACUCUCAGAUGCCAUCAAUUACAUCCUCGGGCAGACCGACACCGUGUUGCAGCAUCUAUAUGAUGGACAGCCGCCAAUAAACCCAGCCAACUACGUCAAAAGCUCAAUGGCAUAUCUGCGCGUUGAUGCUCAAUUCACCGUCAUAGAAUCCGCGCUGAAAGGUUAUGUGAGGUCACGGCCCCCGAAAGGCGUCGAUCCAGAGCAAGCCGAGGCGCAAAAAGCGCAGCUGGACAAGCACCUCGAGGCAUGGUGCAAUCGACUGAUUGACAUGAAAUUCGAAGACCCUUUGAUUCAGAAGCGGCUUCUCCAGCUUCUGGUUGCCUUCUCGACCACUGCUUUGAAGAAGAACAACGGCUUUAUGCUCAAGGUUCUUGAGCACAUUUUGAUGACCUGGCCCGCGACUCAUCCUGAGCAUAGAGCAUUCAAUGAGGCGAUCAAAGAUCUUCAAGCCGAGAGUCUAAAUGAGCUUCAACGGCUGGCCUUCAAGAUGCCGGACAACCUGCUUGGCGUCUACGACCAAUUGGAGGCCAAGAUCAACGAGAUGAGCGCUUCGGGGACCUUGGACGAGCGGAGAUUGGUUAACUACAAGACUUUCCUCUUCAUAAUUAUCCAUCGUGCUACCAACAUUGACCAGUCGACCCGUAUUCAGCGGCUGCAGUCCUUUGUCGAGCCGGUAAAGGCACAAUGGAGAGACGAGGGCCUGAAGCGUGCUCUCGCAACAUACGAAGGCUUUUGUGAAAUUACCGGGCUUGACAAAGCGCAAAGGUAUCUGGCGAACCACCGGGUCGACCAAAUCUCUGACUGGGGCUCGGUCGAGCUUGACGCCGAGGGGGCUGCCCUACAGGCCGAACUGGAGGAGCGGCAGCAGCUCUUGCCUCUGCGUGCUACGAAAUCUUUCUUAAACUACUCAGUAGACAAACUCGAGAAGUCAUCCCCAUCAUAUCUUGCGUCGUGCGCCUUGUGGCAAGAUAGCUUCCCCAUCAUAUUACCCGAGCUGCUCCAGUUUUUAAGCCAUGCACAUGCAUCUGCCAAUCCUAGUAAUUGGAUGCUACUGCCCGUCGAAAUGCAAUCUAUUGUCGGUCGUGUGCUCACGGACAGAUUCUGGCAAGCUGGCAUAUCUGAAGGCAGCAAAGAUGAUUUCUACGCCAGAGUGAUCAAUAAGAAGAACACUCUGGAAGGCCUGGCAUCAUCAAUACGUGGUCAGAUCCGCUACGUUCGCGAGUUCUGCUACUCUGUCAUUUUCUGCAUGAGCUGCCUCGAGCAACAGUUUUAUGGGUUCGAAGAGCUUCCUGGGCCACUCGCCCAUGCGUUGUUCGCGGACUCCUACUGUCUCUCCCCGCAUCAGCUCAUAGCUCUCCUCAAUCUCGUCAGACUGCUGGUGGAUAUGUGUCCCGUUGAGCUUCGGCGCCACUUCCUACCCCCGAUAUUGGCAGGCUGCUUCCAGCGGAUGGACGCCAAGAUCAAGUCUGAGUGGGACAAACUGGAACAGGCAGGGAAUAUCCAGGCCGCUGCGGAUGAGCUGACGGAGGAAAUGAAGGCGGAAAGUGUUCUGCGCCAGCUGACGUAUUCUGCGGUCAUGAUGAUAGCGGACUUUCUGGAUCCUGCGAGGUUGGACUCGCCCCCGAAAGAAAAGACGCACACUGAGCUAGGGUCUGAGCUUGCACCCCAGCAGCCUUCCCUCCGCAAAUUCUGCUUGAUGAACUCAUCUGUUAUCGAGCCGCUCCUGGUGUUUAUGGCUCAUGCCAUUGUUAUGCAUGACGGUAGGUGUUGUGGAGUCGUGCUUCGCGUGUUCCGCUCAAUCAUACCCGAGUUCCGGAGCAACAACGCGAAUUCCGAGAGACUGCUGCAGACGGAGCCGCCGUCUAAGCAGGCGUCUGACAAUUUUCCAAUUCCUGAGGACACUGCGAAUGCCGUCAGAGAGUUCAUCUCGACAGACGUUCUCAAGGCAUGCAUCACAUCUCUGCACGAUCCCUACUUUGUGGAACUGCAGCGGGAGCUUGGAAACGUCAUGGCAGCCAUCGUUGCCAAUUACAGCCCGCUCACACAGACACCACGCGAUGUGCUGUGCUCGCUUGGAAGUAUCAAGCCCGAAGAAGUCGAUGGUUGCAUCGCAAACAUCGGUCGGGCGGUGUCCAACCCUCGGCUACAACGCGGCCAUAUCCUGGAUCUGCUCAAGGACCUCAAGGGGGUGAGCAUCUCGGAGAUGGGAAAACUGCAGAAGAGCUCUGAUCCGUCAGGGUUCAAGAAAAAGUCGUCUGGCCGCAGCAAGAUGGCCCAAGAGUUCAUGACGGCCCCGCCAUCGAACGGCCGGGCAGGUGGCAGGCGGGACUCGCCAGAUCUUACCGGGGUGGCGGGCCUGUUUGACGGCUGA